UUCCAUGUUAAAGAUUCUAACUGAAAAAGAGAGCUAAAAAGUCAUAGCUUAAAGCAAGUAAUCGAAAGAGAAGAUACUCAUUUGAAGGAAUCCUUUUAGAAAGGAAAAUUUUGUGUUUGUUGAUUGAGAAAGCAACAGAAAAUGGCUACAGCUGAGGAACCAAUUCUCUCUAGGAUUGAGCGCUUGGAUAAUAUGUUGAGGCAAUUGGAGGAAAUAAGAGGGUGCAAUCGAUCAUCAAAGAGCUCGUGUGCGUCGACUCCAACAAGCGCAAGUGAUGGACGAAUCUCGUCCCUUGAUUUCUCCCCUAAGAGCUUAGAGAAGCAUUGCCGUCCGAUUGAAAACGUCAUCAUGGAGGCCGAAGCCAAAGGCACGUUGAUUCAGAGACUCACCCACGUGGAGGACCGUGUCUUGAAGCUUUGCUUGCAGUUGGAGGAUGAAUGGGAAGCGGAAAGGAAAAUGGAACAAGAGAAAAAGAUGAAGCAGCCAAAAAAGAAGAAGGGUUUGAAACAACUAAUGCAACAGUGUCUCAAUGUUAGAGGGAAACAUGAUAAGAAGCAAGAAGGAUCAAUAUAAUAAAUAUCCUGUGUCUAUAAUAAUUCUCUUUCUCUGGCGAUAUAUACCUUUUUGGUCUCCUUAAUUUCUUUUUUUUUUUUUUGGAAUGCUCGAGAGUAAUCAUGCAUGGCAGCUUGAGAUUCUGAUCGAUUAAUGAAUUCAGUUCUGAUGAGUUGUCAUUAAUAAAUGAUCAUUGUAUAAUGGUUUUUAUCUUUAUAUAAUGUAUUGUCUCCAAAUACAAUCUCACUUUUUUGUAAACCAAA